UUGAAGUCAUAGGAAAAACAUGACAAGCUCUAUAUAAAUCAAGUUCUCGAAAGUGUUAGUCAUUCGAAAAGGUAGCAGCAGAUGCUGAGAACUAUGCGCAUUGAGAACCUCUGCUCCACCGUGCAGCUGAAUGGAUGGCAGGCUCUGCUGGAUGACAAACCAGAGUCAGGCCAGGAUCAUUGGGAAAGAGCUCAUUUACGUUCCUUACAGCUCUACAAAGCUGUAGUUAAGGGGGACACCAGAGGGCUUCGUACCCUCCUUAAAAGGAAUUAUAUUGAUGUUGAUGUACUUUACAAUGUGAGCCGUGAGGAACUUCAGUGGCAAGCUCAUCCAGACACAACAUUUGGACCUUCAGGUCUUUGGUCUUUGGAAUAUAAAAGAGAACUGACAAGCCCACUGUGCAUUGCUGCUGCACAAGGUUUUACUGAAUGUCUGCAAUAUUUACUGGAUCACGGCGCACACCCCAACCUUAUCGCAGGAGGAAAGGCUGCACUUCACGAGGCCUGUGCCAAUGCCAACACUGAAUGUGUGGAGCUACUGCUUGAAUAUGGAGCUAAUGCCAACCAGAUGACAGAAGAGGGGCUGACUCCCCUACAUUUCUGCAGGACACAACAAUCACUACGUUGUGCAAAAGCCUUGGUGAGAUAUGGCGCAACGGUGAACAUACCCAGUGAAGAAGAGGAAGAAAUAGCACUGCACGUGGCAGCUAGGCACGGGCUGCCUCAACACGCGCAGCUUUACCUGAGAUUUGGUGCCUGUGUGAAUUACGUCAGCGCUUCCGGUGACACGCCGCUAGGGGUUGCUUGUGGGGAAGCCCCAGAAAAUGCAGCCGAGAGCCAAGAUGAUCUCUACCUCGAGGUCUGUCGUCUCCUCCUGACCUACGGUGCUAACGUUAACUUGGCUGAUAAAGAGCGCCGGGCUCCUCUACACAAGGCGGCCCGUAACGUUCAGCGUAAGAUAGUGGAGCUUCUCCUCGAUCACGGAGCAGAUGUAAAUGCCAUUGACUAUAAUGGGUGUACUCCGUUAUCUAGUGUGCUACAGAGCUCUGUGGUUCGUCAAGAGUGGUAUCCUCACAUCCUUGUUCAGACCUUGUUAAAUCACGGCUCUAUUAAAGUAUGGCCACAAGCACUGCUGAAGGUAUUAACAGCCUGUGCAGAGGCACCUAAAACUGUGGAGAUCCUGUUUAACUCAUAUACACUUGUUCCUGUAACUUACAAAUGGGUUGAAGCUAUACCCGAGGAAACGUUUCAUCUUCACAGAUCCUUUUAUGAGUCUCUUUUUGCACUGGAACACAAACCCCGUAGUUUACAGCAUCUGUGUCGGUCUGCACUGAGGAAACAUUUUGGGAAGAACUGCUACUUACUCAUUCCCAGACUCCCUGUGCCAAACUCCCUGAAGCAAUAUCUGCUACUGGAACCUGAAGGAUAUAUUGACUAGAGUUAAACCUUGAUUUUUUUUUUUUAAGAAGGCAUUUAGAAGACAUUUUGUGUUGUUAUUGACUGUCUUUAGAUUUACUUUUGAGAGCUCAUUCUUGUUUACACUUGCAAUGGUUUUAUGUUUCUGCUGUUUUAUGAUGAUACUUUUCAUUUUUUUGAAUGACAGUGUGGUAGAUGUGAUAAAUUAAUUUAUAUAAAUGUGCCAGUAUGCCUCACUGUCCAAAAAUGUGUUAAGGUAACAGUUAUUAAAUUGUCCUUGUGUGUGAAUGGAAAUGUGUGUUUGUGGUGCCCUGCGGUUGACUGCCAAUUUAUUUAGGCUCUACCCUGCCUGCUGUGACCCAAAAUGCUGUAAAGUCUCAAGCUCUCCCUGCAGAACCAGUGAACCAUAAAAAGGAUAAGCCGUUUUGAUGGAUGGAUGGACAGAUGGAUACCAAUUAAGUUAAUUUAAUGUUUACUACAUAAUUAUUUUGCUGUAAAUUAUUUUUCCUUAAAUAAAAUCUAUUUCAUCAAAUCUA